CUCGAGAAGCACCCAUCGGGGGCGAUCCAAGCUCACUAAGCAGCCCUUGCGGCGACGACACGCACGCUAUGAGCAGCGCGAUCCCCAUUCACCCUGCGGCACCCCCGACACCGCCGUGGGACGGGCUCGCCGCGGCACACACAACAACAAACGGUUUGUGUAUGCCGCUCGGCGGUGCGAGUACAGGGGGCGCGGCGGGCGCUGUAUGGGACGACGACGAGGCGUGGGACAGCGAUGUCUCGAUGGAUGCUGGCCCUUCAAUGUCGAGCCAAGACGACGUCGACAUGGCCCUCGCCGCGUCAACCUCAACCGACACGAUAGCAACAAGUACCCCACCCCCACCUAUUCUCGACCCAUGGAGCGGCUUUCCCUUGAUCAACGACAGCAUCCUAUCGCUCCUCCCGCGCCGCGACCUUCUCUCGAUGCGCCGUGUGUCGCGCAACUUUUGCUUCCUCACCAACAGACUGCUCACCGCGCACCUUGUCAUAUCCGCCGACAACCGUGACAGUGACACGGUGGUCUCGGGGUACACGGGGCACCCGAUUGGACUGGGCGGCUGUCGCUUGCUGGACGUGCACCGCCCAACUGAAGAUAUGGAGCCAUACCUCUUCAGGAUCAGCCAGCAGGAGAGAACUAUCGCAAUGGUCACGGGCGGCUGGGUCGACGACGACCCCGAGGACGUCAAGGACCGCAUUCUUCGCUACAAGCUUCGCACGACCUACCCCUUUGAGCAGAUGGAUCAUGUCGACAUGCAGCCGUACCAGGCUCACCUCAUAAAGGUCAUCGUCCUCCGUAUGGUUAUCGACGCGUCGUACCCUGUCUUCACGGUGCCCCGUCACGUCAAUUCGCCCGAGCGCCUCAUCAUCUUCACGCCCACCGCUUACAUGGACGAUGCAUGCACCCCAAGCACCGAGUUUCCCACCAUCAUCCCGCCGGUUGGCGUCUCCCGCCUCACGGUCAACAUCCGCUACUUUGUCGAAAAGGCGUGGCCACGCCGCCCAGUGUUCAAAGACCCAAUCUUCUUCCCUACGUCGCUCCGAGAGCUUGUCAUCAUCUUCUCGCCGCUCGACUUUCCGCUAUCGGCGACCCGCCAGCCCGUUACGACCUCCACGGAACACGAGCGUCUGAUGGAGCCGAUUCGACGCUUUAUGGAUGUCAACGACCCGCACGGGGGCCAAUUCCAACCUGGACCUCGGUUCAUCAUCUCCCUGCUCGCUGCUGUCGUGCGCCACAAUCUCACCAAGGACACGCGCAUCAAGUGCACAGUUGUGGGUAUCGACUGGGCCAACGACGCCCUGUGGGAGAAUGUCCCUCGCGAUGUGCUGGGCUGGAUGGUGGACGCCAUCGUGGCCGAAGUCAAGAGAGAGGAUGCCCGCUUGCCCUACCGCGAGGAGGUGACGGCCAGAGACAUCUGGGGCCCAAAUGCGGGAACGCCACACCAGUCUGGCAUGCUCGAGGUCUACCGUGCCCACCAGGACAUGGUCACGCAGCUCUCGAUCCACCAGCACAUGGGUCGUUUCUUCCGCGACCUCGACGGCAACAUCCCAGAGCGGUUCCGCUCACCUUCGCCUCCACCACGCCCUCCGCUGCUUGACGUCGAGGAGAUCAAGGCUGAGACUAACAAGCUCAUCUUCUCCUCGCGCCGCGUCUAUCGCGCGAGUAUUGGCUGGGAGGCAUACGACCUCGAGACCAAGGUGGACCUGUCGGCUGUCCCCGAGUAG